AUGAGAUGGGUAUCCUCGGAUCUGGAAGGUAUCCAGGGUACGAGGGAGCUGGGUACUAAAGCUGACACUCCAGAUCCACCAGCCAGGAACACCACCCGCAUCAAAAUCACGGGAUAUAUAUCGGGAGAUAAGCAGGAGUCGCGAACCGGUUCAUUCCGAGCCAUUUAUCGGAUAGCGGGUGAAGUGGAAAGGAAAAAGAAGAACACGUACGAUAAAUGUAUCCCUUUCCUAAAAGAUAAAUUCCGUGAGACCUUCGGAGAGAGAGAGUUCACCGGGAGAGGCCUCUGGUUUGGGUCUCGCGGAACUAUCCCAAAAAGAACAAGGAGCUUCCUCGAGGAACUAGGUGUCGACAUUAAGGACGUAGCGAGGGAAGAGGUUAGCCUUUGUCCUGUCAUUCUUCGAAAUGCACCUAUCCUAAGGUCACUUUAUUAUGCGGGACAUUGA